AUGAAGGUUACCGUCUUCGUUUUGUCCCUUCUACUCGUUGCAUCAAACGCUUUCCCUCAAUUUAAUCUGCAAGUAUCUCCAUACCCAGUGCAGCCUGGACAACCGUUGCAACCGAUGGUUCCUGGAACCGUCGUGACAAGAACAACGUACGUUCAACCAGCGCAACAGUUGCAACCAGCGCAACAGUUGCAACCAGCGCAACAGUUGCAACCAGCGCAACAGUUGCAACCAGGCCAGACUUUGACCAGUACAACGUUUGUUCAGCCAGCACAAUCUUUGCAACCAUUGUCACCUGGACAAACUGUGACUAGAACAACAUAUGUGCAACAAGUGCAGCCGGUGCGACCAGUGCUUCGACGAGGAUAA